AUGACAGCUGUAGUUGACAUUUGUUUAAUGUGAGCGUAUCGCUUAACAAACCUUUUUUUAAUUCCAGUAAAGAAAAAUUAUUAUUUAAGCUAUGGACGCCAUUGAUUUACUGGAAAAACGAAUUGAAGCUUUGGAAUUGCAGGUCCUCGCAAAAGAUACUAGUUCUGUUGCAAAUCAAACCCAAGCAAUAACCGAUUUACUAAUGCAAACUCACACUAUGAUAACUUCUGCUUUAAGUUGCCGUGAAGCCAUAACAUCAAUACUUCAACAUAUGACGACUAUUAACGAAUAUCUAGACCCAAGUUAUGGAGAGAACGUGUUAGAAGUUGAAGCCAAACGUCAUUACCUUCUCGAAUUGUACCCCGAGUUAAAAGAUACCGUUAAGUUGAUUGGUACCUUUGAAAAUUUAAUACCUUAUGCAGAUUCUGCAAAUAUAAUAAAAGUUACGGAACUAUCGGAAAAAUUGGAUCGUUUGGCCGUGAACAACUUAAGUAUUUAUGAAGAAAGUGUUGAAGUUACACAGAACGUAUUGGCGUCUUUACAGAAGUACAAUGAUAUUACAGGAUCUAUUAAAGUGUUAUUCGCCCAACUCGAUCGAGCUGUAACCGAUUUAGAAAAUGCAUUGCAACCCAGAUUUACUACCGAAGAAUAAAAUUUUACUGCAUU